CGGGGCAUCCGGGGCAUCAGGGCUGGACCGCGGGAGACUCACCCCUGCCUUCUCGCCUUCUCUGGCAAAACUCAGCCUUCACACUAAAUGAGUCACCAGAAAAACACAUGCAGCCAGAACAGAGCAGAGAGACUGCUUGUGUCUUCAGCAGGAAAUAUCACAGCAGUCACUGCAUAAACAGAAAGAUUGCAGGAGUCACUGCACAACUACAGAAUCAGAUUGUCGAGACUUUGAAGAAAAUCUUACAGCUAUUGUAAGUGAAGUACCAAAUCCACAGAGCAGAGGAUCAACUGUGGAGAGAAAGCAGAAUCGUGUCAAGAUGUUGACUGAUGAGGUUGCACAGGUGCAAGAGGUGAGAUACUGUCUGAAGACUCUGCAAGAGCAAAUGGCAGCCAGGCAAAACAAUAAUAAUAAGAUUCCAUCCAAUGGCUUUAAAGUUGACGUACUUCUCAGCAAAACCAAUGGCUCCAAUGGACUUGUGAACGGCUCUAACUCUAAACAUCCGAGCCAGGAGGAUGAUGAAAGCACUUUAGCCUUGAGAGAAGUCACUAAACAUCUGUACUCUCGUCUGCAAGAGAUGGAGAGGAGACACCAGGAGGAGAAAGAAAGAUUACAGGCAGAAAACCUUGAAUAUCAGCGGCGGUUUCUAGAGGAGCAUAACUCUCGCGUACAGAAGGCAGAAACCAAGGCGGAGGAACAUGGCAAAAAAGUGGAAGAGAUGCAGAGGCUCAUGCAUGGUUUGGAGCUGGAAAAUGCCACACUACGAGAAAAGUUGGCUGCUAACGAGGCUGAACUUGAGAAACUGCGAGGACUGAAGAUAACCGAUAGUGAGGACAGGUCUGAACAGCUGAAAAAGGAGCUGGCAACUCUGAAGGAUAAGAACUACAACUUAGAUGACAUGCUCAAAAGUCAACAAAGGAAAGUCAGGAACAUGAUCGAACAGGUGCAAAAUUCUCGAACCAUAAUGGAGCAAAGAGACCGGGUAAUUGGCGACCUUAAAGAGAGGGUGGCUUUCCUCGAAGCUGAGAAUCGAGAGUUUCAUGACCGGAUGGAGUAUUAUUUGGGCAACCAAGUGUCUAAUCCAUAUAACUCAGACACGGGGUCCAAAAUUGUCUACAGCAAACCUCUGACGCCAGCAAGUCCUAGAAACAAGUCUAUGCCAUUCAUUAAAGUGGUCGAGAUCAAGUCCUGAACAACAGAUGAAGGCAACUGAUGGAAGAGAGAGUCAUUGAGUGACAGACACAAUGCAGAAGAAGUAACAAGCUUUCCUUUUCUCUCAACAUUUAUGCAAUAUCUCUCUGUUUAGCACAUGAGUAGCACUUGAGGUUUCUUUUUUAUAUAUAUAUUGCUUUGUAUAUACAACAAUAAUUUAAAUGUCUCAUGUAUAUUAGAUUUGCAGAUCAUACACAGCAUUUUUAUGCCUUAAGCAACUUUAUUAUUAGUAGUAGAUGUAAGUGGUGAUAUUCAUAUUUCCUGCUGUUCUGUCAGUAUGUCUGUUUUGGCAUGUAUAGAAUCGGAUAAUAUAGCCAUUGUAUAAAUAUAGUUAUACUGACAGCCAAUUUGAAUAAAAUGAUAAAGCCAAAGUGUAUAGAUAGAUACGUAAGGAUCCAUUUUGAUCUAUGUAUGUGCAUAAACUCUAAUAUACAUUUCUGAAUUCACUGUAUCUUACAAAGCUGUCUUUUCCCUUUGGGAACUGUAAUUGUAUUGUGUUUUGAAGAACAAUUGUUUUUCUGUUACUGUAUUCUGUGCUCAACUCUUUUCAUCCAUCUCUUAUUAAAUGUGAAAAAUGUGUUACUGUAGAUGGAAUUGAAGUGCUAUGCACAUUUCUCUGGUAUUGUAUUUUGCCUGGUAUAUGUAUUUAUCUUAAGGGCUAAUCAAUAAAAAAGUAUUUAA